CUACCCAAUUGAUGGAGCCUUUUCGGUAUUGUACCAAAAAAGCACCUUUCUAUAUAUUAUAAUAUGGCCUGCAUUAUAAUAUGUCAUAGUAUUACACUACAAUCAUAACAAAAUUCUAAAUUAAUUAAUUUCACCACUCUACACCCCAUUUUCUAAAGCGAAAAACAUUAAAAUAAAAUAACUAGUUAGAAAAAAAGAUAAUUGAAAAAUAUGCAUAGACAUGUUUUCCCCUCUGUUUUAAGUAAAUGGAGUUUCCCAUAUUAAUGCCAAGAGGUGGAUGGUUACGUCUUUAAGCUUCUUCGUUAAUGGUGAUAUGGAUGAGUUUUUCAGGUGUGUGAUUUCCUCUUUUAAACUAUACUACUUCGUAAAUGCCACUGAAUGCUAAUAUCCUCAACAGAGAAACGUGGGGGGAAUGAAAUCUGUGUUAGCGUAAUAUCAUUCUCAUCACCCACUAUAAAAUCCACCACCAGCUCUCUCUUCCAUAAUUGGCGGUUACAAAAAGCCAGCUUUCCUGUUCUCCUUUACAGACAAACUCCUUCACGAAACCCAUGCACUUCUUCAUGUUCAAUGUCUAUCUAAAUACCUAAAUUUCUUAUCUUUCCUAGUCUUGGAGACCACCCCACCAUUCCAUUUUGCAACACAGAUGGAGAAGCUCCCUCACCUGCCCUCACCUCCCCCUCCUACACAUACGAUGCUAUCCGAGCUGAGGAAGCAGAGAGGAAUUGUGGUUCCCCUCAUGGUCAUGAACUUGGCUUGGCUGGGCAAGUGUGUCAUCACUACUGUGUUUCUGGGCCAGCUUGGAGAGCUGCAGUUGGCCGGUGGUGUGCUCGGGUUCACCUUUGCAAAUGUGACUGGCUACUCUGUGUUGAAUGGGCUCUGUUGUGCCAUGGAACCUAUAUGUGGUCAGGCUUGUGGGGCUAAAAAUGUUAGGCUUCUACACAAGACCCUUGUCAUGGUAACCAUCUUAUUGCUGACUACUGCAGUGCCUAUAUCCUUCUUGUGGCUCAACGUUGACAAGAUCCUCAUUUAUUUUGGCCAACAAGAAGAUAUUUCUAUGGUUGCCAAGACCUAUCUCUUGUAUCUCCUGCCCGAUUUGUUCGUCAUUUCAUUGCUUUGUCCUCUGAAAACCUACUUGAGCGCACAAAGCAUGGUCUUUCCUAUAAUGUUCAGCACGUCUGUUGCACUGGCUUUUCAUGCACCUAUCAACAUCUUACUCUCCAGAGCCAAGGGUCUGAAGGGAGUUUCCAUGGCAGGCUGGGUAACUGAUCUCCUUAUUGUGAUCCUGCUUGCAUUUUAUGUGUUGAGGAUAGAGAGUAGCAAGGAAAGAAGAUGGAAGGAAGGAGGGUGGUGGGAUCAAGGAGUAGGCGACUGGAUCAAAAUGCUAAAACUAUGUGGUCCAAGUUGCCUCACCACCUGCCUUGAGUGGUGGUGCUAUGAGAUUUUGGUGUUGCUCACGGGGCGGCUCCCGAAUGCCAAGCAGGCAGUGGGGGAGUUAGCCAUAGUGCUAAACUUUGAUUACCUGCUCUACUCUGUCAUGCAAUCGCUUGCUACAUGUGCAUCCACCCGUGUCUCGAAUGAACUUGGCGCAAACCAACCAGACCUUGCUUAUCAGUCAGCAUAUAUUUCCUUUCUGGUGAGCUUCGCCUCGGGUUGCAUAGGUGCCGCAAUGAUGGUCUCUGCCAGAGGUAUUUGGGGGUAUUUAUAUAGCCACGAUGCAAGGACUAUCAGAGGUGUAAAGAAGAUGCUGCUGCUAAUGGCUCCGGUGGAGGUGGUGAACUUCCCUUUAGCAGUUUGUGGAGGAAUAGUCCGGGGAACAGCUAGGAUGUCGUUGGCAAUGUAUGCCAAUCUUGGUGGGUUCUACUUGGUGGCCCUGCCCUUGGGCAUGGUUUUCGCUUUCAAGGCAGGGCUUGGACUUGGGGGACUACUAAUAGGGCUCUUGGUCGGUGUGGUUGUGUGCUUGGCUUUGUUGUUGGUGUUCAUUUUUAGGAUUGAUUGGGCUGAAGCAGCUGGCAAGGCACAAAUACUUGCCUGUAGGGAACAGGAAAUUGCCAAGGAAGAUGAAAAUCACAGAAUUUUGAAGACCCUCGAAAAUCCAUGAACAUAAUUUCUCAGGGGAAAUUGAGUACUGUUGAAGCCAGCAUGCCACAAACAGGAUAUGUACUCAUAUGGAGACCUUGCAUAAAUCAAACAGGAACAGAGAUUGUAUAUAAACUUCAUGAUUCAUGCUCGACAGACCUGGUACUGUCAAAUUCUGAAAAAAUUUCAUCAGAAAGCUUAGAACAGCAUAAUCAAUCCAUCUGAUUAAAAAAACACAUCAGUAUCCAAAAUGAAUGUGUUAAUUGGAGCUAUUAACCAUCUAAAAAAUCCAGGUUCAGAACUUGAAACUCCAGCUCCUAGGCUUUCUCAUGGUUGAACCAUGGGCAGCUAUUAUCUUGGAAGUCACUGCAUCUUCCUUUCUAGACCAGAUUCCAAGGAGCAAAUGAUUUGUCUUACCUUCUCUAAUUUUACUUGCAUGUCCAUUAAUCAAACACAAACGGUUUUUGUUUAUGUUGAAGAAUGAAAUAAGGAAAGUUGUGAUUUUGAAAAGAGAAUUAGGCAAUCCUGUGAUCAAGGGAUUUUGUUGUAAUUGAGUGAAGUCCCUAAUUUAGGUCCUAGGAUUUUUGUAUAUACAUGUAUAUAUGUAUGUAUGAGUCUAUGUACAGAAAAUUAAUUAAAAAGAAGAAUUUUAUACCUUUUAUUCUUCAAUCUCUCUUCUACAUGGUAUCAAAGCUCUAGGCUCAUAAAUUUGGGAAGAGAAGCUUUUUGGCCUUCAUUGCCGAGUUGAAAAUCGUAGCCGACCUUCAUCGUCGACCCUAAGGUGUCCCUCUUUGUGCUGCAAACAUAGCUUCACACUG